CUUUUGACGUUUUCGGAGAAAAGUCAUUUGGUAAAGACGGUGUUUAUAAUAAGGAAAAUUCUAGGAAUAUACGUGAAUAUCUCUGCAAUGACGCUACUGUACCUCAGAAGGAUGAUGCAAAGACUAAGUACCACCAGAGUAUAUCACUAUUCAACGAGUGGAAAUGCAGAAAGUGGACGUCAGACGGCGGACGAGGAGGAGCCAACGAAGGAGAAAAGUCUCACUCAUGUGUCUUUCGAGAGCAUCGCGGAGAAGAACCGGCAAUCAUAUCUCACACUGAUCCAGGCCUUUGAGACACAGGCGCGCCACAGGAAGAACUACGUGGAGUUCAUAACAUCUGCCCUGCGGUACAUGAAACCGUACGGCGUUCACAAGGAUCUGAAGGUGUACAAGGCGCUGGCGGAUGUAAUGCCGAAGGGAAAGUUCAUCCCUCAGAACAUAGUUCAGUCUGAGUUCAUGCACUACCCAAAGCAGCAGCAGGUGCAGAUUGAUCUCUUGGAGCAGAUGGAGGACAACGGCGUGAUACCGGACACUGAAAUGGAAAUCAUACUGGUCAAUACGUUCGGCAAAAGAGGCCAUCCUGUGCGCAAAGUGAGACGAAUGCUUUACUGGAUGCCCAAAUUCAAGAAUCUGUCGCCAUGGCUCCUGCCCAGGCCCAUGCCCGAUGAUGACCUCGAGGUGGCCAAGCUGGCGGUGCAGAGAAUCAUGACGGUGGACCUCCAAGCCACGGUGGAGGUGUUCGAGACCAAGGAUGUGGAGAAUGUGCUCGAUGAGACGUGGAUUGUGAGUGGGCAGACGCCCACGCAGAAGGAGCUCGUUAAACUCUAUAGAGACGCCAAGGCAAUAUAUAUCGAGGGACCAUUCAACAUUUGGCUUCGCGACAGAGCCGUGAACUACUUCAUCCUGCGUGGAGACGCCCUUCCUGCUCCACCAGCAGACACCACCAACACAGAUGAUGUUGAAACGCUCCAAGUCCCACCGGCCAUUGCGAGCAGCGUGGGCAUUGGUAUGUCCACUGGCAGGAGCGAGGUGGGACGGGUGAGGAGUGUCCAUGAGCAAGAUGAUGGAACGGUUUUAGCUGUUUGUGUCACUGGGACAUGCUCAAAAGACUCCCUCCUAUCGUGGAUAAGGAUCCUACAGAAUAAGGGUUAUGAUGAUUUAGCAAAUAUUCCCAUUCUAUUCAAGUUCCAUCCGACAAAGCGGGAGCUUGUUGCACAAACUUCCACAUAAUCGGGAGAUUUCUAUUCCUCCGCCACCGACAGAUUCUUUUUUGCCACCACCGCCCGAAAAGGGGCAUGGCGGCGAGUGGGUGGGAGAGUGUGGGUGGGUAAAAAGUCCGAUUGGAAGUGAAUGGUGGAAGAGAGACACAUCCCAAUGAGGCCAGACGGAAGAAAGUUUUCAACUAAGAUGCGAUUCAAGAACAUUUUCUGCUGCUUUGAACACACAAAUGACGGUGAAGAGAUGUGCUGUGUGUACCCACGCCACAGGGAGAGGAGCUCCACGAGAGAAAUUGGUAAGUUGUUUGUGUUUUUCGCAGAAGAGGAGGCAAGAGGGACAAAAAAGAACUGUUUGGAAUUGGUGAGGAUGGAAAAAGUGAGUCUGAGAUGUGUUUUAAAAUAAAAACAGAAUGAUAUUUAGAAGAA